UAGCACACCAUGGCAGAAAGCGUCCCCGCCACAGACCCCGCAGUGUACGAUUCAUACCAGGGCAAAUGGUCUACCCUCCCUGAUACCGCGGAGGCAUGGCUGGCUAGAGCUCGUGAGGUAGCUGGAGUCCUUGCCCAGGAUGCAGCACAGAGAGACCAGGAGAAUAAGUCUCCGCGUGCAGAAGUUGCACUUCUGAAACAUUCCGGUCUGUUGAAACUACUUGGGCCUAAGAAGUAUGGCGGUGGAGAGCAGCCGUGGAGUGUUGGAUACCAGGCCAUUCGGGAGGUUGCAAAGGCAGAUGGGUCCAUUGGAAUGCUGCUAGGAUACCACCUUCUAUGGUCCACCACAGCAAACGUCGUCGGGACACCAGAGCAGAUCGAGCGGACCCACGAGCUCAUCAUUACUAACAACUACUUCGUUGGCGGUGCUGUGAAUCCUCGCGAUAGUGAUCUCAAGAUCACAUCCGACGGCGACCACAUUGUUUUCAACGGAGCGAAGCACUUUAACACCGGCGGCGUUGUCUCUGACCUGACCGUACUGGAAGGUGUACUGGAAGGCACAGAAGGCCACAUCUUCGCUCUAGUCGAGACCCGGCAGGCAGGAAUCCAGUUCGCGCACAACUGGCACAAUAUCGGUCUCCGCUUGACGGAGUCAGGAGGUGUAAAGAUCGAUAACGUGCGAGUCCCCUGGACCGAUGCAUUGGGCUGGGAUGCGUCGAGCAAGAAGCCGCGUGAGGAUAUCCUGUUGACCUCGUUUGCGGCCUUACUUCUUCCCAGUAUCCAACUCGUCUUCAGCAACUUCUACCUCGGAAUCGCCAUCGGGGCCUUGGAGUUUGCAGCCAAGUACACCACAGGCAAUACCCGCGCCUGGCCAUUCGGAGGGGACAACAAGGAUGCUGCAACAGAUGAAUUCUACAUCCUUGAGCGAUACGGCAACUUCUUUGCACACCUGCGAGCCACAGAGGCACUAGCCAACCGUGCGGGAGAGCAGCUCUCCUCACUCUACCAGAAGCACAGCAGUAACCGGCCCGGUCUAACCGCCGAAGAGCGAGGAGAGGUAGCCGAAUGGGUGGCCAGUGUCAAGGUCGUCACGACGGAUGUUGGACUGCGCGUCACGUCCGGGGUGUUUGAGGUUACGGGGGCGAGGGCGACGGCGUUGAAGGUCGGGUUGGAUCGGUUCUGGAGGGAUAUCAGGACGCAUACAUUGCAUGAUCCGGUGGCGUAUAAGAACCGGGAGCUGGGGAGGUAUGUACUGCUAAAGGAGUAUCCGACGCCGUCGUGGUAUACCUAGCCUGGAAUGAGAUAUAGCAAUUCAAUCCACGUAUUUCGGAGAA